UAGAGCAGUUCUGGGACGUCAUUGAUUCGAAGUCGGGAGAAAUUCUCCUGCGGCCGAAAGCCAUGGACGCCGUUAACCUCCUGCGCAGGCACAUCGAAGCUGACUGCUUGAUUGAGCGAUCCCAACGAUGUAGCGCUGUACCACACGAAGGGCAAGACCACAGGGGGGAUCACCUCGCGUCGCUGUGUCCGCGGAACCAAUAGCACCGAGGGUUACCAUCGUUACCUCCGCAGGUUGCUAUCGACGUAUUGCGCGUCUCCCGCGCUGGCCCACUCUAUCCUCCUUGAGUUCAACCAUCGCUGGAAUAUCAAGAUGGCUGUGAAGAACCGCAACCUGCCGAAGGAGAUCGGCGGAUGCUUCGAUCAGUUCGACAUCGAGAUCAUUCAACGCGAGACGACGUCCUGGGACCUGGACAGCCCGGUAUUUUCUGAACGGGUUUCGGCACUUGACGUGGCAGACACUGGCGAGAGGAGUGGGCUCGCGCAGAGCAUGUGGGGGGGGGGCUGAUGCUGGUGAUUUGUGGGUUGAUGCUCUUGGCGAGCAAGAAAUGGUCCAGAAUGCUGUGCCUCUUCCUAAGCUCACGCAUUCCGCGAACGAGUACAUGCACGCAUGAUGAACGUCGGAAUGCCUGAAAUGCCCGUGCACAAUGGAGUAGAGAGGCGGAAAUUUGCCAGCGAACUCAGUGCUUAUUUGUAUACACCGGGCCAGCAGAUGGGUAGACUCCAGCAAUACCAGGGCGUCAACUUCGCCGGAUGGGCACAGAAGUGGAACGAGCACUGUGGCAAGAUUGAGUCUGACCGGGCGGAGUGGGAAGCAGUGUAUCGUAAAACCGCAGGCUUACUACGAGCUUUACAGACAACGCGCGAAUGCUAAGAACACUAUGUUUCCAAUUCGCCAAGCAAAUGCGGAGUUGCGAAGUACUUUGCAGGAGCCUGCGGGAGGCGAGGAGUUUGCUGGUUUGCUGGUAUGGUCGGUCGCGUAGUGCCUCCGGCUGUUCCACGCAGCCGUUCUGGGGCAGGAGUUAGGGCUUGGUACGGGGGUGGCGCAGCGGCUGGUGUAGUGGGUGGCGCAGCUGCUGAUGUAGGGGGUGGACAGAUGGUCGAUGUUGUGGGCGGCGGACAUGCGGAGUUUAGCCCAGAACCAGAGUCGACAAAGGCCAAGGGCCCACUUCGAGCCCCUCAGCAGUGUUUUACGUGCGGCCACCGCAGACAGCAAGGCGGAUGUAAGGUGGCGCACCCUUCCCCGCGAGAGAGGGGAGAGAGCCGCGCUUGCAAUGUACCAGUUGAGGAGUACCGGCCUGACGCACACAGGACAGGAAGAAUGAGUCCGGAGGGGAGAGAGGGUGGUCUAGGUGUGAUUGUGCCACGUGCACUUCAACUGCAUAGAUAGCCAACGUCCGGGGUAGGUAGCAUUUUGUUUUUUGUUUCGUAUCGUCGUAAAAAAUCGUAAUGGUAAAGUCAGGUCUAGACUUUUUCGCUUUUUUCCCAGCAAGCACCAAGUAGCCUGUUGUGAGCUAAUCGUGUGUUGAGAGGUGUUGCCCCUUUCUUCGAAACAUUUUGUUGUAGUAACAUCGUACGAAUAAUGUGGCGUUGUGAAAUGUGAUAAAAUAACUCGGUAUCGUGAGCAAUGCUGCGGAAAUGAAACUUGUCGUGAAGGAAAGAAACGCAAU